AUGACUGGGAAUCUUGCUGAAGAAGGCUGUACCCUACUCAUCCACAUUAUACUCAAAGGGAACAGCAUAACAUAUUUAUUCUACGCAGAUCUAGGAGAACAAAAAAGUGCUUUCCUGGGGGAGAAUAUCAAACUCUUUGUGUCAGAGCUAACCCAAAAGCCAGAGCUUCACAUCCCAGAGAUUCUUUUGGCUGAGAAGCCUGUGACCUUGAACUGUACCCUCAAAGGCACCUGCAAAGAAACCAAAGCCCUCUUCCACUCCCGGAAGAACUCGGCCGUCUCCAGCAGCUCCUCCCCAGUGCUGCACUUCACCCUGAGGCCUGGGGACCAUGGCAACACCGUUGGAUGUCACUUGAACUUCUCCCUAGCCAAUGUGACCAAAAACAGCUUGGUCAAUCUCCAAGUGGUCUCACCUGCCAGGCUGUUCAAUUCCUCUUGUUCCUUGGAGAAGACAGUUCUGUGCAGCUGUUCCUUCCACGGGAUCCCCACGCCGUCCAUGCAGUGGUGGAUGGGAGGUGUCCCUGUGGAUGUGAACAGCAUGGAUAACAUCCUCCAGGUGACUUCUUCCACACGUGCCCCCUGGGCCAACAGCACCAUCAACCUCAUCGGGGAGCCAGAAAUAGUCAUGAGACUUCGCUGUGAGGGGAAGAACCAAUAUGGAAUUCACACUUCCAGCAUCUUCCUGAUGCCAAAUAAGAAAGCAGUUUCCAGUGUGUUCGUGAAAGGAUUAAUCCAGGGCAUUGUAUAUGGAGCCAUUGCAUUCUCAUUGCUCUUCUUCUGCCUCGUCCUCUUGUCAAUGAAGAUGCUUACCUGGUGGGAGGAGCAUCAGAGUCCCAAGACCAAAGAAGUCCUGCCCCUUAAGAAACCAGAGCUGCUGGAGGAAACAUAA